AUGUUCAAAUUCGCAGUAGUUGGUUUGGCUCUGGUGGCUGUGUCCAGCGCCUACGAGCAUCACGGGUUCGUCAGUGAAGUGAAACAUAUCCCGUACAAGUGGUACGGCGGUAUGCAAGGAGGAAUGGGCGGCGGAAUGGGUGGUGGAAUGGGCGGCGGAAUGGGCGGCGGAAUGGGCGGCGGAAUGGGUGGAGGCAUGGAAAUGGGAGGCGGCAUGAGCGGCGGUGGAAUGGGAGGAGGCUGGAAGGAAGGUAUUGAAGACUAUUACUCGUAUCCGAAGUACAAGUUCGAAUAUGGAGUGAAGGACAUUCAUACCGGUGAUCACAAGAGCCAGUGGGAGAUGCGCGAUGGAGAUGUCGUCAAGGGCGAAUACACUCUGGAUGAAGCUGAUGGAACCAAGCGCAUCGUUGAGUACUACGCCGAUGGUAAGAACGGUUUCGAAGCUAAGGUCAAGAACAUCGGUCACCCAAUCAUGGAAGGAGGCAUGGGCGGUGGACAGCAGAUGGGUGGAUUCGAGGGAGGCUACCAUGGAGUGGGAUAUAGCUACAGCAAGCUGAAGAAAUACAACUGAAACGGGGGAAACUAAUCGACUGAUUGAAAUGUGAUACGCUAAUUUGAUACAACCACACAAAUAGAUACCGCAAUAAAGCUAGCCUAAUGCAGAAUAUUUAACGACACCGUGUUGAUAAUUGUGC